GAGUCAAUGGAGGACCUCAAGUCAAGGCAGUCAACGACGGACUACUCCCCUCAGGUACUCCCCUCAGGUACUCCCACAGGUGCUUCCUCAGGUUCUUCCUCAGGUGCUUCCUCAGGUGCUCCCCUCAGGUGCUUCCCUCAGGUGCUUCCCUCAGGUGCUUCCCUCAGGUGCUUCCCUCAGGUGCUUCCCUCAGGUGCUUCCCUCACGUGCUUCCCUCAGGUGCUUCCCUCAGGUGCUUCCCUCAGGUGCUUCCCUCAAGUGCCCCCCUCAGGUGUUUCCCUUGGGUGCUUCCGUCAGGGCAGGGUUGUUGAGGUGUGGCUGCUGGGCGCAGUGGUCCCGUCAAGGCGGGCCAGGGGAAGGACACGCAUGCUGGCAGUGCUCAAGGCGCUGGUGGCACACAUCAAGGCUGCCACGACCAACGCAAGCCCGAGUCUGCAACUGCCCAGGGCGGCUGGACUGGGGCGCACACCUCAUCUGCAUUCUGGCGGUGCUCAAGGCGUUGGUGGCAUGGCGCACAUAAAGGCCGCCAGGGCCAACGGUGGGCCGGGAGGCAUGUCACAUCUCAUCCGCAUUCUCGGGGUGCUCAAGGCGCUGGUGGCGCAUAUCAAGGCUGCCACGGCUAAUGGCGGGCUGGGCCUGGGGCUGGGCGAGCAGCUACCACAGCUGCCGUCGCUCGACAUGGAUCUGCAGCCACAGGCACAGGUGUCAGCGCAGCAGGCGCAGCAGAUGGAGCGGCUGCUGCAGCAGGUUCUGGCGGAGGUGCGCAACGGAACGCACCUCACGCUGCUCCUCCGCGCCGUCUCCACACAAACCACCAUCCUCUCGCGCCUCGCCAAGCGCUUCUCCUCGCUGCAAUCAGCCGCCUUCUCCGCCAACACUGCCGCCGCCACACCCCCGCCUGCUGGCCCUGACGCUGCUGCGGGCGGUGGCGGGGCGACGGUGAAGUCCCUGCAGGGGCUGGUGGCGAUGGUGCUGCAGAACUCCCAGAAGCACAUGUCAGCGCUGCGGGAUGUGAAGCGCAUGCUGACGGGGGAGGAGGCGGACGGCAAGGGGGGGUACUCGGUGCCGGUGAGGACACUGGCCGUGGUGCAGGAGAGCGCGCGCGCGCUGCAGCAGAUGCCCGCGCUGCUCAUGCAGCUGGACCGCCGGCUGCAGGGCGUGGGUGGCGGGGCGGGUGGAGGUGUGGCUGGGGGAGGAGGGGGAGGAGGAGGAGCGAGGGCGGAAGGGGUCGUGGUAGGGGGAGGGGGAGCAGGCACAGGCAUGCGGCAGCAGCAGCAGGGGCAGGUGGUAUCGGCGAUGGAACCCCCAAAGCUGAGUGGCAGGGCAGCACGGCACGAGCGGCUGAAGCAGCUGAUGGCGAAGGAGGCUGCCGCCCGCGCCGCCAAGCAGAAGGAGGAAGAGGCUGCAGCAGCAGGGAAGGCGGCGGCGGCGGCGGCGGCAGGGGACACGCAAGGAGAGGGAGCAGGCGGGCAGAAGGAGGAGGGGGGCCAAGAGCAGCGCACGGUGGAAGGGGCAGGGCAGCAGCAGCAGGAGCAGCAGCAGGGAGGAGUGGCGGCAGGUAUGGGCGCGGCAGGAGGGGCAGGCGCUGGGGGGGGUGGCGGAGAUGACAGGGGUGGGGGCGAGCAGGGGCGAGUGGUUCUGCCGCUACCGCUGAUGGUUUGGAGAGAGGGCAGGGCGGGGGAGUGGGGCGAGCGGCAGGUGGGGAUGCUGAAGGGGCGGAGCAAGAGGGAGGAGAGGCGAGGCGGGUCAGCGGAGGAGAGGGGGGUGAUGGGGAAGGUGGCGUGGAUGGCGAGGGGGGGAGAGCUCAGGGGGCGGCUGGGGAAGGAGAUGGAGGAGGGGAGGGGGGAGGGGCUGGAGCAGGUGGAGGGGGGGGGAAAGCAGCGUCUGGAGGUGAGGAAGGAGAGGGUGGAGGGGAAUCAGAGGGGGGAGGGGAAGGAGGGGGAGCAGGGGGAGAAGGGGGCGCAGGGGGGGGGAGGGGGCGCAGGGGGGGUGGUGCCGAUAGAGUGGGCGAAGCCGGAGGAGAUGGACAGCGAGCGGGCGGACCUGGUGUCGAUGCUCAAGGCGCGCAGGGACGAGGCGGGCGAGCGCGGCAGCGAGGACAGCGGCGUUAAGAGUGGUGGUGGCGGUGAGGCGGUGAAGCACCGGCGGAAGAGGAAGAAGCACAAGGGUGGGGAGGGGCGUGGUGCGGUGGGAGGCGGUGGGAAGGGAGAGGGGGAGAUGAGUGAGGAGGAGAGGGCGAUGGCUGAGGCGAGGAUGGCUGUGAGUAGAGAGAGAGGUGAGGAUGAGGAGGAGGAAGAGGAGGAGGAGGGGGAGGGGGAAGGGGAGGAGGGAGAGGAGGAGGGGGAAGAGGGAGAGGAGGAGGGAGGGGAGGACGAGGAGAAGGGUGGGGGGAAGGGAAAAGGUGAGGGUGGGGUGAAGAGUGGGGUUGGACGCAAGAGGAGGGUGGCUGGAGGUGAACGUGGGGAGGCGGGGAGUGGAGAGCUGAAGGAGAGGGGGGGGAGGAGAGGAGGGGAGGGAGAGAGCAAGAGGAGGCUGGGAGAGGAGGGGAGGGGGGCACAGGGGGGAGGGGCACGAGGAGGAGGGGGAAAUGGCGGAGGAGGGGUAGGGGAAGGAGGAGGAGGGGAAGGCUCAGUGGCAAGGCAGGGCAGGAGGAAGCGCAUUCCGAUGGAGCAGGCGGAGGAGCAGCAGAGCAUGGGGGCGGGGGCACGCACGGGGCUGCGGCUGAAGAGCAUGGGGAUCGAGGAGCUGCUGAGCCUGGAGGACGAGGAGGACGACGAGGAGGAGGGCGCAGGGGGAGGGGGCGGAGGGGGAGCGGGAGGGGGUACAAUGGGACGAAUGGGCGGGGAAGGGGGUGUAGAGGUGGCUGGGGAGGGGGGUAGGAGCAGUGGUUGGGGGGAAGGGCGAGAAGGCCAGCAGGGGCAGGGGAUAAAGUUGGGAGUAGGGGGGCGCGGAGGGGGAGUGGGGGCAGCAGCUAGGGUGGGCAAGGCGGUGUUGGAUGACGUGGAGGGCGAGGAGGCGUGGACGGAGCCACUGCCCACACAGGGGUACAUUCCCCAAGGGCCCUUCGCCAACGCGUCGGAGUGGAGGCAGCGUGUGUUGGCAGGCAACUCGGUCUUCACCCGCUUCAGCAUCAAUGGUUACCGCGUUGGCCCGCGCAGGCUGGUGGGCGUGGGGGUGGUCCCGCGGGCCAUGAAAGGCCGUCUCUUCGCCACGCACUGCAGCGCCUGGCUGCCACACACUGCAGGUGAGCGCUGUGGCACACGGGGGGAGGGAGCACAGGGGGAGGGCGCAAAAGGGGAGGGCGUACAGGGUGAGGGCGCACAGAGGAAGGGCUACAUACAGCGGGAGGGCGCACAUGGGGAGGGCGCGCAGGGGGGGGGCACACAGGUGGAGGGCACACAGGGGGCUCACAGGAACAGUUUGCCCCUUGCCUUCAAAAUCCCCUACUCUUUUGAUGCCUAUUCACCUAUCCCUCCCCACCUUCACAGGUGGUUCGGACCUGCACAGUUGGCGCUGGACUGCACGGUAAACGUGUCCUAUUCGCUGGGGCAGCAGGGGUCCGCCUCGCAGCACACGGAGGCCGUUAUCGAGGCCGCCUUUAGCGAGGACGUGCCCAACACAGGGGGCUUCCUGGCUGUGCGCAUUGAAGGGACUGACUUUGUGCUCUACAGUGGGUGGGUGACAAUGGUGGGUGUGACCAUUGUGGGUGUGAUAGUGGUGACCAUGAGUGGAGAAAGAGAGGUGGUGCUUGAGUUUCACUGGCAACUGGAAGGCCUUGCAUACGUGCCCUUCACCCCUAUCAUCUCAUCCUCCCUGGAGUUCCUGUUUUCUAGUUCCCUGUUCUUCUCACCUCACCCACAUCACUCCUCCUUCCACCACUUCCUUCCCUCUCCAAUACCUCCCUCUCCCUCACUCGCCCUGCACGCUCCACCCUACGUCUUCCCUUCCCCCGCCCCACCAGGGAAGCCCCUCGGACAUUCACGACCCCAGGUCUCCCCUUCCCCUUCCACUCGGGAAGCUCCUCUCACCUUCCCAACCACGACCCCAGGUCUCCCCUUCCCGUUCCACUCGGUGUUCUGCCUGCUGCCCUCGGCGCGUAACGCAUCGGUGCCGGUGCAUCUGCUGCGCGAGGCGGUGGAGUACCACCGCCUGCUGGGCGCCGCCGUGGUGGCGCUGUACGACAGCGGCGGGUGGCUCGCCGUGGAACUCACAGAGCGAUUCCAUGGGGACUUUGAAAGGAGGGUGGUGCGCCGCACGGACUUCACAGGCGUGAAGCAGUUUGACCUCGAGAGGAACGGACAGGUGCUAGCAAUGCACGACUGUGUGCAGCGCCAUGCCUUCACAGCCCGCUGGGUCAUCCCAGCCGCCAUCAACGAGUUCCUCUUCGUCGGCCUGCCGCCCGCCUCCAUCCCCUCCUUCCUCGACCCCUUCGCCUACCCCCCCACCUCCUCCUCCGAAACCGCCCUCUCAGACCCCCUCGUUGAUUCCGCCGUUACCGGGGCCGCCGCUGCGGUAACUGCAUCUGGAGGCUCGGCAGCCGCGGCCGCCGAGGCUGCGGCGUACGUGCGGGCGGUGCCGUGGGUGAGCGUGGGCAGCCAGUGGUGGUCGACGCGGCUGUGCGCGCUGCCGUUCCGCGUGCCCGAGGGCGAGGCGUUCUCGAUGGAGCGCAUGGUGUUCCGCUGGCCGUACCCCGUCUGCCACGACCGCAUCCGCUUCCCCGACCCCCACCUCUGCCCCGGGGAGGCUGGCUUCCGCCGCCUCAUCAUGGAUCCACGCAAGAUUUCAGCGCUGGGACUGCACGAGGCGGAGUCAGCAUCACGAGUGAGGGGGGUGCACGUGAGGAGCACCAAGGCCAACUUCAACCACCUGCAGGACGCUGUCAUGGACCCCACCGCGUGGUGCGAGCACACGCUGCUCAAGAACGAGGUGCCGGAGUUCUAUGUACGAGACGUCUAUCUGCGGGAGGCAGCCCAGUCGGUGCGGGCAGGGCGAGUCUGCGACUUCACCCGAGGCCGAGUCAGUCCCUCUCUGCCCUCCCUCCCUGCUCGCCCUCCCUGCUCUCCCUCCCUGCUCUCCCUCCCUGCUCUCCCUCCCUGCUCUCCCUCCCUGCUCUCCCUCCCUGCUCUCCCUCCCUGCUCUCCCUCCCUGCCCUCCCUCCCUGCUCUCCCUCCCUGCUCUCCCUCCCUGCGCUUGCGUCCCUGGCCCGGAUUAAAAGCGCGCUCAACACCGCACGUGCAGCGCUUCUGUAACUGUCUACUGUUUCUCUUCAAUUGCUGCUUACACUCGUUGCUCAAGCUGAAGCGUUUUGAGGGUGGUAAGGUGGCAGCAUGA